AUGAUUGUCAAAUACAUGAUGCGCGGCCUGAUGGUUGCCGUUAUUUUCCGUGGAGUGAAUCCUUUCCGAGCGCCUGCUGCUGGGUAUCCAUUCAUCAGAAGAACCCUGACAACUCGGAAGCAGUCUUUAGUUGACAAUCAGCUAAAAGACUCUGUAACCGAACGCAAUCGCCUAGCUACAGAGCUGCUGACAGCAGCACGUCAAGUGGGACAAGUUGGAAAACGUGCCCCGUUGGAAGAACGUCAAAAAUUGGACCAGUUGGCCUUGCAGCUCCAACCCUUCUCGGAUCCACAACCUGCUCGAAUUCCUUUUACAGGAACUCACUCACUGGUUUACAGUGGAUCUGACUCGGGGCCAACGUCAGGGUUAAUUGGACCCUUUGUGGGCAAGGUCACACAGGUAUUCCAUAACGAAACGGUCUAUCAAAAUCGAGUCCGCUUUGGCCCUCUUCAAGUUUCCAUCUUUGGGAGACGACAACCACUCAGUGACACGGAGAUACAAGUAGGAUUCUACCGUACUCAGAUUCACAUGUGGGACAAACUUCUUGUUGACCGUCACGUUGAUUUGUGGCGCAAUCCAGGUUCGUGGCAGCACAUCUUCGUUGGACAGGUGGAAGUAGACGGAGAAUCCUUGUUGCUUCGAGUCAUGAACACACCCAAACUCUUUAUCCUCCAGCAACCAAUUUGA